AUGGCCCGUGGUAAUCAACGAGAACUUGCCCGACAGAAGAAUAUGAAAAAAACCCAAGAAAUUAGCAAGGGAAAAAGAAAAGAGGAUAGCUUGACUACUUCUCAAAGAAAGCAGAGGGACUCUGAGAUCAUGCAACAAAAGCAAAAGGCAGCUAAUGAGAAGAAGUCUAUGCAAACAGGAGAAAAAUAAUGACCAGCUCUGGGAAACGUGGGUGCUACUGCCAACUGGUACAUCAUAAGCUCCAAGAUCAGGUUUCCUUAGAAUGAACAAGCAUUAUUGUGUUAUAACUCAUCCUCAAAACUGUUUACCUCAAACUUUGUUUUUCGGCCUUAGUGUGAUGUUUUAGAACCAUUCUUCAAAGAAUAAAACAU